AGUAUUUGGCUCAGAGUCUUAGACUUAGCCUGUUCCAUGGCUACUCCUUUGGAUUGCGCUGGCUACAAGGCCGAGUUUCGUCGCAUUCAAGGAGUGCUCAAUCUUCAGUUGCCAUAUUCCGAAGGAACCGCAAGCGAGAAACACAGCCCCUACAUUGUGCUCAAUGGCACUGUGGGCAAAGUAGUCGUGGGGAAGGGAGCAGCAACCGGGGUGGCAGCGGAUGGAGUCCAUCCAAUGGAGGACAAUCCCGAAUUCAUCCACUACAUUGAAUCCAUUUGGGUUGAGGAUCAGUUGGGCAAUCUGUUGUCGAUGCGCCACCUCUCCCCAGCCGAGCCGAGCCCGGCCACAAUGAUCUUCGAAAUCCCCCCAGGCACCACGGCUGUGCGUGCCUUUGAGUUUUGUAAUGUCCACGGCCUCUUUCGCGGGCCUGCGGUUUCGGUGGACACUCAGCAUAUCAAGCCGGAUGCAAACAUCGGAUGCUCCGUGCAAACUUGCGCGGAGGGAACGUCUGUGUCCGCAUGCCAAGCCUUCACCGGCGAGCUUUUGCGCAGAGCCGACAACACGCCCAAGAAUGAUCCAACCGGCAAACACAAGCCUUACUUGACCCUGCAAGGCACCCGUGCAACCAUCGUGGUUGGCAUUGGCGCUACUCCAGGCAAUGCGGGUGGAUUGAUCCAUCCUAUGCAGCCGUCAGACGAUCAGGAUAUCGUCCAUUGGAUCUCCCACAUUUAUGCCUUGGACGAUUUGGGGAACCUUGUGGCGUUGUGCGAAUUGUUGCCAACAGAUUCCGCUCCGGCCACCUGCAGUUUUGAAGUGCCCGAGGGCGUGCUAUUCCUGCGUCCCUUCGAGUUCUGCAACAAGCAUGGCUUGUAUGCCGGGGAGAUCGUGCAGGUGGCCGCGGCCAAUGCGACGGCGGAGCGCAAAUGCCGCAAACGUGAGUGUUCGGCGAGCCAGCCUUCGCUGGGCCCCUAUGAAAGUGAAGCUGUCCAAGCUUUGAUUCAGAGUCAGCAGGAGUCAGUCAACCGGAUUUCCUCCGUGAAUAUGUGCCGCCAGCAUUCGGCCAAGUACUUCAUCGCAAAGUCUGCACUCACGGAGGAGCUCCAAGGAUUGGUUGAUGGCCUCACGCGCCAAGGCGCCACGGACAGUGAUGUCGCUGAUCGCCUUGCCAUUUUCCCAGACCUCUUUGCGAGGCUGAACGCCCUUGGCGGCAGAUGGUCAGCCAUGGGGGUAGUCCUCCAGCACACCGUGAUCGAUGCCAAUGGCACAAACCCCGAGCUGCGCUUGGAGCUGAUUUCGGAGUCGGAGAUGCUCUUUUCCCAAAGUUCGCUGCCAGCAGGCCAGCAAACGUUUGCUGAUGGGAUGUCUGUUCCAAUCACUGACUCGGUGGACUUGCUGAUCAUCCAAGCAAGCUUCGGGAUGGAUUGGGGUCAUGCCAAUCUGAAGAGCCUUGGCCCGCACUACACCAUCUUCUACUCCCCCGACUUCACGAACGAAUUCGUGAAUGUCACCCUAUGUGCCAAGACUCAAGGCUGGAUGGGCAUUGGAUGGUUAAGCCCCACUCAUUCUGGAGUCCUGAUGAACCACACGGACAUGGUGGUUGCCUUUGUCCAGGAUGGGCAGGCUGUGGUGCAAGACCGCUUUGCGCGCUACAUCGAAGAGCCAUUGCGAGACGAGCUUCUCUCAGACCAGCGCUCGGAUGACUUGGGGAACUCGUUGAACGGCCAGAACGACCUGGAGCUCAUCCCGGGAGCAUUGGGCACGGCGGGCAAGGAAUGGUGCCCAGAUCUCCAAUGCAACACUGGCUUCUCCUUGGUCCAGUUCCGCAGAGCCUUCAAUACGGACGAUGCCAGCGAUCUGCGACUUCCAGUGAAAAGUGCCAAGAUCGGGCUAAUCCAUGCUUUCUCCACAAAGGACCCAAUUGAUGGGAUUUUGGUGCAACAUGUCUCAUCUUCCACUGGGUAUGUUGAUCUCCAGUGGAAUUUGGACUGUAUUCCAGGGACUUAUUUCGAGAUCACCAAUAUCGAAUGCAAGCCUUGUGACAAGGGCCAGUUCCGCCCUGCAUCAUCGCCCGUGUGGAAAUGCUUGCAAGCACCUCUGGGCUCAUUUCAAAAUGAGACCGGCCAAGCCGCAGUGAAGCGUUGCAAGGACGGCUUCACUACGGCGUCGGCAGGUUCCACAGAGGAGUUCGCUUGUGUUUGUCCAGGCCCAUCAUUGAACGCCCCCAAUGGCCGCUAUCACGUGCAUCGAUGUGGCACGGCUCCCUUGGUGGACGAGCUUGGCGAUGCUACUCCAUGUGCACGCCUGGGGGAUUGCUUGGAGUGCCCCGAGGGAAUGACCUGCAAGGGUUCACGAGACUUGCGCCUGGACCAUCCUCCAGCCGCCAAGCGACGUGUGGAAGAAUUUUGCUCAUCCUAUGCUUUUGCUGACACUGCCGUGUGCACCUCCCGAGCUUUCUGCCAGGCACACUUGGAUGAUCCAGACUGCGAGCAUGCACGGCCGGAGUUGAAGCCCGGCUUUUGGUCAGACCCAACUGAGCCCUUGUCCGUGUUCGUCUGCAAAAACGAUGUGCAGUGCCUUGGCGGUGUUCCCGGCUCUGUCUGUGCCACGAAUCGUGAGGGCGUCAGCUGCGGGUUAUGCAAGCCCAACCACUUCGCGGACGGCCUCGGGGAAUGCGCUGAGUGUCAAGGCUUCGACGCCGUCCCCGGCGCCAUCGGCUUCAUCGCGCUGCUCAUCGCCAUCGCCCUCCUGGGUUGGCGAACCAGGCAAAGGAUCUCCAAGAGCUCCAAGCAAGCCGUCUCAGCUGCGAUCAUUGCGACGCAGGUCGGAGUCAUGAUCCAAACCCUCGGAGUGUUUUCCGAUUUGACCUUGGUGUGGGAGAAUCCCGUGAGAUCCCUUCUGGGGGUGAUGCAGCUCAUCAACCUUGACUUCAAUAUCGUGAAGAUCCAGUGCUACGUUCAAGUGGACAAUCCUGCCAUGAAUGUGCUCGCUAUGGUCUUGUUGAUCCCGGCCUUGGCGGUUGGUGGGGCACUUGUCGCGGCCGUCAUGUCUCGGGUGAAGGGGGACCAGUUCAGCUGGCCCCGAUACCUGAAUGUGGUUGGCCUGGUAUUUCUGUUCCUGUACCUGAGUAUUUGCAUGUCGCUCACACGACCCGUUCACUGCAAGCGCAACCCCAACGGCUUGCAAACCAUGGUGUCCAGCCCUGCUGUCGUAUGUUGGGUUCCAGAUCACAUGUUUCUAGCUACUUUGGCGAUUACAGGUCUUGUGCUCUAUGGGGCAGGCUUUCUUGCUUAUGUUGCUCAGAUUGUGUGGCGCUAUCCAGCCUUGGUAAAUAGUGGUCAUGGAAUGAAGUUGCUCGUUCAGUAUCACUUCCUAUUCAAUCGAUUCAAUGGCAAUGGGUACUACUGGGGCCUAUACUUCAUCAUGCAGAAGGUCUUUGUUGCUUUGGUGCCUAUCUUGUUUCCCAACUCGGCAGCAGUGCAGAUUCUUCUCCUGGCAGCGUUCAUCAUGCUGUACUUGGUUAGCGUUACAUAUGUGACACCAUGGGUGACGGGGCUUGCCAACUUUGCAGACAUCUUCCUGAAUGCAGGUCUGCUGUUCUUCCUGUUGAUUGCGUCUUUCUUGGUGGAUGGCAACGAUGCAUACACGAGGGCCAUCAUCGGCGUUGUUCUGAUGAUAGUGAUCCUUGUCAUUAGCUUGGUGCUGACUGCGUUGGUGCUCCGUGUGAUGUACACCAAGCUCUUCCCUGGCAAGAUGUAUGACAUGUUCCUAUGUCACCAUAAAGCAGGUGCUGGGGUGCUGUGCCGAUGGCUGAAGGGUGAAAUUCUUCAGCAGACCAGGAAAAGGGCAAAGCUCUUCUUGGAUUCAGAUGAAUUGGAAGGCCUUGCAGACAUUGGCGACAUCGUGAAAAGCCAGUCAAGCACCUUGGUCAUUGUGGCCACCAAGAUGGUAUUGUCCCGCCCGUGGUGUGCAGUGGAGAUUUGCUCAGGGGUAGCCAAUCAGGUGAGCAUCGUGAUCUUGAAGUGUCCUGACUUUGAUUUCUACGAUGAGGAAGGCUUUUGCACUCUGAGGGAAGGCUGGAGCAACUCUGAUUUGAUGAUUUUCGCUCAGAAUGCCAUAGACCCCCAAGUCAUAGAGCAAAGCUAUCGUCUCUUGCCGAGCCAACCCUUGGUGGAUUUCAACGCCUUUGCUCCGGUCAGUGAGCAGGCCAUUGCCGUGGCAGAGCUGUUGCACCACAGCAGCUUGGGCGGUCAAGCUGGAAGCAAAGAAGUGGAAGAUUUGGCGCCUGAGAUUAUUGUCUUGGGUUCCCUGACAAGUGCAGAAGGGCGGUUGACUUGCCAGGUCCUCCAAGGCAUGUUGGUGGAACGUCUUCGCAGGCCAAUGAUCUUUGCUUGCAAGCCAGAACAACUUCAGGACGCCGUCGUGAGCGCCCAAUACAUGUUGGUGGUGCUUACCAAUGGCUUAUUGCAAGACAAGUGCUUUCUUGAAAUGCUUUGCAUGGUCGAGCAAGUUGAGCCGAAGUUGGAGAUCGUCACUGCUCUGGCGGAUCAGGCAUUCGAGUUCCCUACAGCUGCAUACUUUGAGCGGCUGGAUGCGGAGUUGGUACAGUCAGUGAAACGCGUUGUGAACAUUCUGGCCUUGCCCUUCUCUCCGCAGGUCUCUAUCGCCGUCAUGUCUGCACAGGUGGAUGAGCUCACUCGCCGCUUCAAGUUUCAGACUUCGGUGACGCGCGUGACCACAAUGUCCACAGCCGGAAAUUCGGCGUUAGGAGAAAGGCUGCCUAGCAUCUCCGACAGUGCCGAGAGUGACGACAAAGUUGUGUACAGCUUUGAUAUGUAACGUUCCAGAGACGUGAUCCCUAGUAGUGGCCUCGGAUGGUAGAAGGCAUCAUGAGUGCCCAAUACAUGCGGGUUCUUCCCAAUGGCUUCUUGCAAGCGAUACAAUUUUGGGACAUGCUGCGCAUGGCCGUGCGGAUCAGGUAAUACUUUGAGCAGCUGGAUGCGGAUUUGGCACAGUUCUGAAUGACUGUGCAACCGGUUGUGAAUUUCCAGCUUGCCUUAUUUUUGUGCAAAACCUCCAUCCACGUCAUGUUUGCAGUUGAUGAACUCCUUUGCCGCUAGUUUGAAGAGACUAUGUGUCGACCACAGCGGAGAAGCUGGAAGGAAAGCUCGCUGGUAUUGCGGUGCGGAGGGCGAUGACCAUCACUUUGUGUCCAGAGGCGUGGAAUGUUCCAGAUGCGGGUUUCGGUCAAAAUAUCCAGUCAAUGGCCGGAAGGCC